GUGAAUUUCGUAGUAUGCGGGCAUCGUUUGCCGUCGCGUCAUUAUUUUCUGAAGGAUGGAGGAUCCAGUAAGGAUUAUCGUAAAAUGGUGUGGAAAAGAGUAUGCGAUUUCAGAUAUACAAGAGGACGAUACUGUUCUCGAUCUGAAAGAUCGUAUACACAAAGAAACCGGCGUCCUCCCGGAACGUCAAAAAUUGCUGAACCUUAAAUUCAAAGGCAAAGCAGCUCAAGACAAGGAUGUAAUAGGAAAAUUGGGCCUUAGGCCUGGUUUCAAGCUAAUGCUGAUGGGCUCUAGAGAAGAGGAUAUUGCAGAAGUAAGUCAAUCGCCAAAAGACAUGCCCAAUGUAGUCAAUGACUUAGAUGUGGAAGAGGAAGAAGUAGAAAUUGAAAAUGCAGAGAUAUAUCUUUCAAAAAUCCAAAAGAGAAUCGAUACUUAUACAAUUGUAGAAUUAAAUCCGCUCAGACCAGGAAAGAAACUUCUGGUGCUGGAUAUAGAUUACACUUUGUUUGAUCACAGAUCAACAGCACAAAGUGGUGUGGAAUUAAUGCGCCCUUAUCUCCAUGAAUUCCUAAUGUAUGCUUAUACAGACUAUGAUAUAGUAAUUUGGUCUGCAACUAGUAUGAGGUGGAUCAAUGAAAAGAUGAAGCUGCUUAGAGUUUCCAACCACCCAUUUUACAAAAUAGCAUUCUAUCUUGACUCCCAAGCAAUGAUCUCUGUUCACAUACCAAAGUCUGGUUUGGUUCCUGUUAAACCACUUGGUGUUAUAUGGGGGAAAUACAAACAAUUCUCUGCAAAGAAUACUAUAAUGAUUGAUGACAUUAGACUAAAUUUUAUGAUGAAUCCGCAGUCAGGAUUAAAGAUUCAACGUUUCAGGCAUGCGCAUAUCACCAGGAGCAUAGACAGAGAGUUGAUAAAGUUAUCAGAAUAUUUAAAAUUAAUAGCCAAAAUUGACGAUUUUCGGACCCUUAAUCAUAGAAAAUGGGAAGACUACAAAGCAAAAAAAGAGAAACAAGAAAGAAAGAACAAGCCAAGCACAGAUGAGUAAAGUUUCUAUGAAUGUUAAAGAUUUGUUGAAUUUUAUCAAUCUUCCCACUAUCUGAAAGAGAACAGGUUACGCCAUUAAUUGCGUUCACGACGAAAAAUCGAUCUGCAUUCUCUAUGAAGAAGAACAUGUAAAAAAAAAAAAACAUCUUUUAAGUAUUCUUCCAUGAAUGAUAAUGUAGAGUAUUAUUUAUAAUAACAUUAAUUAAUCGGUAUUCACAGUGCUUGAAAAUUUCAUGUUACACUGCGUAAAUUCGCAUAUUUUCACACGCUUCUUUGUAUUUAUAACGUA